AAAAAUGUAAAAGCAGGUACCGGGCGUGGCGAACAGAAACAUAUACGAACGCGAACGAUUAUUAUAUGGCGAAAGUUUUUUCGGUAGCCGGGCGGACUAUAUAAGAUUUCGGCUACGAGACGAUCGGUACACAUUUGCUUUCGCACCAUUUCGUACAUUCAAUCAACGAAACGAGCAAAACCCUCCUCACAAUGUUCUCCAAGAUCGUGAUUCUCGUUUGCGCCCUUGCCAUGUGCAACGCUGGUUUCAUACCCCAGCAGUACGCUCUGACUUCGACGUCAGACAACAUCCUCCGCAGCAGCGGAAAUCUGGCGCAGAUCGCGACCCAAUCGAAGACCAUCGCUACUCCGUUCUCCAGCACCAGCAGAUCCGACAUCCGUGUCAGCAACCCGGCGAUCUACGCUCAAGCCGCCCCGCUGGCAUACGCCGCACACGCAGCCCCGUUGGCAUACGCCGCACAAGCAGCUCCCUUGGCAUACGCCGCACAUGCUGCACCCUUGGCCCACGCUGCUCAACCGGCUCAGCUCCUCGGAGUAGCUUACUCCCCCGCAGUCGCUGUUUCGCACAUGACCUACUCCAGCCCCAUCGGUGUCUCCUACGCUUGGUAAUCCGUUUUCCCGAAUUCCACUUCUUCCGACCACUAAAUUAACUGACUCCUAUCAGCUACUGUAUCCACGAUCGUCAUGUAUGCAUAUGCGCAUGUACUUUCGUACUUUCGACCUUUUUAUUUAUUAAAUAUAGCGUAUAUCGCUUGAACAAAGCAAA